GUGUCACCCAGCGGGAGGAGCGGCAGCAGGAGGAGGAAGAGACGGACACACAGACAGCGGUAUUCGCUGCUCACUGCCCGGUUAUUGUGUGAAAAUGUCCACAAUUCAAACGCUGAGAGCUUUUGUUAACCAGCGACUGACUGCGGCUGUAGAAGAGAUAUUCGGGUUGCUGGAAACAACCAUAUCAAACUACGAAGAAGAGAUUGAUCGUCAGCGCAGGCUGCUGCAGGAUGUUGUCAAAUCUGACAUCCACAUAAACAACGCAGAUGUCCAAAAACUGAUUGUCAGAAAAGAAGAGCAGCAGGAGUGGAGGCCCAGUUUGGCUCAGCAGGACCCAGAGCUGCUGCACAUUAAAGAGGAACAGGAGGAACUCUGGAGCAGUCAGGAGGGAGAAGAUGUCACCAAGUUCCCAUGCACUGCUGUCCCUGUGAAGAGUGAAGAUGAGGAGAAAGCUCAGUCCUCACAGCUUCAUCAAAGACAAGCUGAGGAAAGCAGAGAAGCAGAGCUUCCAGCCUGCAGCUCAGCUCAAAACAUGGAAACAGAAAUUGACGGCAGUCAUCAGCUGCUACCUUUAUACUGUUGUGAAUCAGAGACUGAGGAUAGUAACGAUGAUUGGAAGGAGACAAGAGAACAAGAGUCGGGUUCAGACACAUUGAAAAAUCAUAACAACUCCCACGGCCACGAGAGGCCGUUUAGUUGCACAGUUUGUGAUAAAAGAUUUGGCUGCAAAGGAAAUCUGCACGCCCACAUGAGAAGCCAUACAGGGGAAAAACCUUUCACCUGCACAGUUUGUAACAAGAGUUUUAGUGCAAAGGUCAAUCUGAAGACUCAUAUGAGGAGUCAUACCGGGGAGAAACCAUUCAGCUGCUUAAUAUGCAACAAAAGUUUCAGUCAGAAGAAGACAUUAGUUAUACACAUGAGAAGUCAUACUGGGGAGAAACCGUUUGGUUGCACAUUCUGUGGAAAACGUUUUAGCGAAAAGGGAACAUUGAAAAGACACAUUAGAGUUCAUACAGGAGAAAAACCAUACAGUUGCAGUGUUUGUGGACGGAAUUUUAGUUUACUGUCACAUGUUAAAAGCCAUAAGUGUGCUGGUGCGAGCAGUAAUAAGUGAAUUAUCCAGGUCUGUGUUUUAUUUGGGUUAAGCUGCGUUCAGACCGCUGCAUUUCAUUUCGACUGGUUAGACAAUGAACUAUUGCGCUGGAAGCCCUUGAGUUUGAAAUUCUGUAGUUAGUAAGAAUACUAUAAGAUAGAAUGUUAUAACUCUGGACAUUUUGUUGAUGGCAAUUAUUUUGUACUCCAUCUCAACAGUUAAAAGAUAAACAGUAUAAGAAUACCAUUUAUUUUAACAGGAACAUGCACUUGCCAGUAUUUGACUGACCAAUGCAGUGUGUUGCUGGAUGUAUUGGACUGUGGCAAAAGCUGAACUAGUAAACAAUUGGUUGGCUAAUGUCAGCUUUUCUCUAUGUGCAAACUUCUGCUUAGAGAUGAAGGUGUAUUUGGAGAGAGACGUUUGUUUUCACCACCACAUGUAUGAAAUUAACAGCUAAAUAUGUGUGUGGGGUUUCUAUAGCGGAGCAAACAAAAACAGAAUUGUAAAUAUUAUUGGUGUUGAGAUACACCAUUGCUAAAAAACAUGAUAUUUAAAAAAUGAUAUAUUCAUAUCAUGUUUAUAAUACACACAUGAUAAUAUCAUGUAAAUAAUCCAGCAUCUCUGAUUGUAAUUGGUAUUUUUGUACGCUUCUAGUUCUGGUUUCACUCUCUCUCCACCUCCCUACACUCUAUUCUGAGACAAAACACACAAUAAACAUUUUUUUGUUUUCAAAUCUUUAAUUGAUAUCUCGAUAAUAUUGUUAUUGUAAAUACUUUUGGCCAUGCUUAUCAUGUAGUGGAAAUCUGAUAUCAUGACUCCCUUAACAAAUGGAAUGAAAUAGAAAAUCAGUCAAAUAAUGCAAAGUAAUCUGACAUUACCAUUUAAGAUAAAUUGUAUAUGAUAAUCAUUCAAACGGGGAUAACGGCGCACACUUUCAGACAAUCACUCCUCUCGUUUGUGCAUGUGAAAAGUGAUGUGAAGAAGUCCUGCAUACUUUCUCACCUCCGCACACCUGACCAGUGCUGUGAAGUGGGUGUGAUUAGAUUGUUGGUUCAGGAAAGUUUAAAAAAAUGAUUGGACCGUUUAUUCUGACGUCAGAAAGGUGUGAGAGGGAGUUUUAGAUACAGUUCAGUGAUUCCACAAGCCCUUUGCGGGUCGCUGUCAUCGCCGCUGACCCCUCGCACUGAGGUCAGUCCUCCCCGGUUGACAGUCGUGCUGAGAGCCGUCGAGCGCAGCGAGCAUGAAGUCCACUGCCCCAGGAAGUGGUGAGGACCGGAGUCCGGACUAGGGAUGCUGUAAAACUGAAUAUCCUCCCACACUGAGCUGACCCACUCUCUGACCGCCGAGCUGAAUCAAUCGGGCAGACGCGGUAUACACAAAUUAACGGUUCAUUAUGAAACCGUGGCCUAGACUGCAGGUUAUUAAUAAGGAAACACUGGAUUAAUAAUGGAAAAUAAAGUGUGAGUUUUCCUUUUGUAUCAAGCAGCAAAAAAAGUUGUAACAUGACGUGUUUGAGUUCAUUUGCUUACAUUGCACGUACUGCGUGACGUGCCUAUUGCGAUGUUAAUGCUGAUGGAAUAUCGUGCAGCCCGAGAGCUUUUUGUUUUACAACCCUAUGUUUUUUUGCAGAAGCAUUUUGUGUUGGAAACUCACUAUGGGAAAUUUAGCCCGACCGAUACAUGAACAUGGCAGAUGUUAUGAGCACGUUAUUGUAUCACAUAUAUCGGUGUCUUCAUACAUUUAAAAAAAUAUAUAGAAAGAAACAUUGCUGAGAGAACUGUUUGAUAUGUUUGAGACCAUUACAUCCUCCACCACAGAGCACCAACUAGUUUCUUUUUCCACUGAAAAUACACUGCUAAGUAAUAUAUCUCACAUUUUAAGUGAUCCUUAUCAGAAUGUUUCUUUUGUGUUCAUUUGAAAAAGCUAGUAUUGACUGAAUAAUUGAAUGUGAUUUCUUUAAACUCUCAGAUAUCCAUAUCAGCAUCGGCCACAACGAUCCAGUAUUAGUCGGCUAUAGCACCAACACAGCGGCCGCAUUGGAAGGAGAAGGCUCUGUUUGAUGCAGUAAUGUUGUUCUGAGCAUGGCCUUACAGACUGAUGAGGAGGUUUACUCAAUCAUCCAUGUGUUAUAACUAACUGUAAUUUAUACUUUUGUUCAAACAAAUGAAUUUUCACAAUUAUAUUGAAAUAUUUGUUUCUAUAGCCUCAUGAGCCUCAACUACAUCUUUGAAUUCUUAUAAUAUAUGUCAGAUAUAUGAAGGAUGGAUCAGGUCAUUCUCAGUCUGACUAUUUAAGUUCAGUGUGGAAAUCAAUUGCAGAGUUGCAUGUCCCUGUCAGCUGCAGGAUGUGCAGCCUUCCAAUACAGAGACAAAUAAACUCAAACCAAAUAGUG